UUUUAGAAUGGCGCACCGUCAACGACGCCUUCUCCUUGUUACAUCCAUACUUCUCCACGUGGCAUCUACAUUGGCUAAUAUCUAUGGAACUGCUGAAAUACAACAACAGCAGUAUCAACAGCAACAACAACCACAAUAUUCUCAGAGUUAUGGUGAAUCUCCAUCAUCCUUCCCAACUUCGUUUACAUAUACUCAACCGGAAACACAAUCAUACCAACCUUCACAACAAUCAUCAGCAUCAUCAUCAAAUCUUCAAUUCCAUAGUUAUAACUCUCAGCCUGGUAUUCAAUAUGGUUCUCAAGAUUCAUUUUAUCCAAAUCAAGCUGCUCUGACUGCGGCUGCCACAUCAUUUGCAACAAGUGCUGCUCAGCAGUACGCUCAAACAUAUUCUCAGCAGCAGCAGCAACAACAAGUACAGGCUCCUGCACAAAUUGAUCAAGCUAACUUGGCAAAAUAUUCACAGUAUCUGGAUAUUCUUCAAAAAGCAUACGGAAUUCAAUUACCCGGAGAAAUGUCAAUGCAACCAAAUACUGCAGCCACAAAUGCUGGAGGAUAUCAAACUUCUCAACAACAACAGGUAGCCAACCAAGUACCACAAACGUAUGGGCAAUCCCAACAACCUCCACCUACUCAAACAUAUUCUGGAUACCCACAAAAUGUUGCUCAACCACAGCCUCAAGUGAAUACACAAUCUCAAGCUGAAAUUACCUAUCAACAACAAUUGGCGGCUUAUCAACAACAGCAACAGCAAAUUGCUCAGCAGCAACAGCUGCAGCAACAACAACAAUUGGCAGCUGAGCAGCAAAAGCAACAACAGCAACAACAACAGAUUGCCCAACAGCAACAACUCGCCGAACAAAUCGCAGCUCAACAGGCUCAGCAACGUGAAGCUGCUCGAUUGGCUCAACAACAAGCUCAACAAGCUCAACAAGCCCAGCAACUGCAACAACAGAUUCGCCAACAACAACUUCAGCAACAACAGCAGCAACAACAACAGAACCAAUAUGGAGGAAUGCAACCAAAUCCAUAUGUUCAACCACAGGCCCCAGUUCAACAACAAAUUGCUCAACCGCCACCUCAACAACCAGCUCCUCAACAACCAAUGAACUUCCUCCCAGCUCCACAGGCUCCAAUUAUACAGGCUCCUGCUCCACAGGCUCCUGCUCCAAUGCAACCACAACAACCACCAAAACAAUAUGUAACUCAACCUCCAACAUAUAAAAACAACUAUCAAACUGCUGCACUUGGUCAAGUGAAUACCUACUCUGGACAGUCAAAACCACAAGUAUACACAUAUCCAGGACCAUCACAAGUUCAAAUUCCAACUCAUUCAACAUCUUAUGGUAAUCAUGAGGAUAGUGUUAUUGAAGAAGAACCACAUGGAUCAGUUAUAUCUCAACAACAAGUGGUCCCACCACGACCAGUUCAACCUGUUCCACCAAUGUCUGUUGCUACAGUAACACGUGGUCCACCACCACCAACUCGUCCAGCUUCAGUAAUUGCUCCAAGCUCAUCGGUUGUACCAAAGUCUCAACCGAGACCAUCACCAACUACUCGGCCACCAACUCGUGCUACAAUUCGUCCAACACCUCAAAACAAGGCAGUUACCAGUCGUCCUGCACCUGCCACGUCAUCAGUGGUCACUCCAUCUCCAAGUCAAUCUUUAACUCAGCAGAUUCGGAAAUUGCCAGCAGUUUUGUACAUUGACUCUAAGAACGAGAGCACAAAGAAAACUGAAACAUUAUUGAGAGAUACAUAUGGAUUACCAUUAGUCACAUUCUACGUGGAUAAGACAGACAAACCAGCUGCAAUUCAACGUCAACUUCAACAAUUAACUGCUCACAAGGGACUUCCGUAUCUUUUUAUCUGCGGAACUUUCAUUGGAAGUGAAUCUCACAUUGAAAAUUAUCAUACGAAUGGCCAAAUCCCUCAACUCGUGGAAUAUGUUUGUGGAGACGAGAAAAAGAAAAAGAAUAAGUCUAAAAAGACAGCUUCAUCUUAAAUUUUUUUAAUAACUUUUCUAUAUCAUAACGAUUAUCUCAUUCGGUUCUUUUUAGUAUUAUAUUUAUCCUUCCAAAAAAUUCUAUAAUUUAUUUAUUAUACUAUCCUUAUUUCAUUAAUUCUUUCUUUGUGUGUCUUUCACUUUCGAAGUUUCGAAAACCCCGCUUAGCCUUACAUUGCCGCUUUCGAAUUAUUAUUAUUAUUUAUUGUAAGUGCCUCGAUCGAAUCGAAUCGAAAUAAAUCUUGUUUAAAAUUAU